AACAGAACGUGAAACGCUCUCGCGACUGCCUGACUGGUUGUGGUCACACAAAUACACACACCCAAGGUGGUGUUUGUAGUCAAAUCACCAAAACAAAACAAAACCAACUCCUUGGAAAAAAAGCAGCUUCUACAAGGUUAAUACCUUGGAUUCCGGCAAUCAAAAGGAAUUUUUUUUUGGGUGUUUUCUUGGGCUUUGUUUUAGAGCAGACGACAUUCAACAGCCAACAAGUUCACCAUGAAGAUCACGCUGGCCGUGUUAUUUUUGGCCAUACUGACAAUUUAUUGUAAAUGUAUGGCGGUAUUAUCUUUACCUCCAUCGCUUAUCGCCCGUGCGGCAUCCUUGGAGGCAACACAAACUCCAAAAGCCGCCCUAGUCAAGAGUCUCAACAAAGCAAGAGAAGGUGGUGAAGGUGGCUCUGAAUCGGGAAAUGCUGCCAUACUGGCCCAAGGAGAGCGUGGAAGCACCGGCAACAUUGUACAGGGUUCGGUGUUGCUGAAAAAUCUCAAGAACUUGUGGCCCAAGAAUUUCGCUUUACACAAACGUGAGCGUCUGGCCUUUGAAGAUGCUAUCGCCGCUCCAUUGCUGCAACCCAUGGCAGCAAUUAAGAAUAACAAAAAUGCCCUACAGCAGCCGCCAAGGCACGACCAGCACCACGAGCAGCCAUAUGACAUUGGCAAUAAUAAUUUCUUGAAAAUGGAAUCAAGCGCCAGUAAUUUCAAACACCACCCCACAGCCACAGCUGUUGGAGGGGAAAAGGAGGACGACGAUCUAGAAGCUGCAGAUGAUGAGGAGGAAGCAGAAAAUUACCAUGAUGCCUCUGCGGAAGAGCAAUAUGAUUCAAAUGAAUGGCUGAACCCCAAUAGCCAUAAGAUGACUGACGAUAUGGCCAUUGUCUCGCCAGCAAAUCGCCAACAUUUUUUCGCCGACAUUGAAGCUGAAGAAGAGAGUGCUGACGAUGAUGAUGAUGAGGAUCCAGAUGAUGAUGAUGAUGAUGAGGCUGCUGCAGGAGCCUAUGCUUUCCCUCCAUCAUUUGCUAACACCGAUCUAGACACUAAACCAGACACUGAUGCAAAGGACAAUGUCGGCUCAAUGGUUUGGAACAAAUUCCUAAGACCUUUGAAAUAUUCCACGAACAAAGCAUGUCAGACGGCAAAUGAAAAUUGCCCAGAGGAGGAGGUGGACUAUUAUCGCGGUGGCCUCAAUGUGAACAGAAAUCUCAAUUAUCCAUCACAAAAAUUUGGUUAUUCUGCUGAGGUUUCGCCAAGGCCCAAUCUAUUGUCAUCUUCAGAAGUUGUACCCAAAACUUCGCAACUACCCACAUUUCAAAGUGAAAACAUACAUAAUGUUAACAAUGAUGAUAUUCUUCUGUUGCUAACAGCCGAACAAAAUCUAGUUCAAUUUUUAAAUUGGGCCAUGCAUGAACUUUAUCCCUUUGAGAAAUUUGCCAAUGUUAGCGAACACGGAGCGGAUCAUUAUCAUCCUGGUAUGUUUUCGUGGAAGAAAUUGAAUUUGUCGGGACGUUUGGAGCCACCCAUGUAUGUGGAAGAACCACACUAUGUCAUUGUGCGCAGGGAAUACGAUGCCGAUGAUGAUCUCAAGAGGGGUCUUCACUCACGAGACGAUCCAUUUAUACCACCAAGGGGACGUAAACAUAAUUUACCCGAUCUUGAUUCAUUGCUGCAACGCUAUGAGACAUUUGUACCCAAUCGUGGAAGACGUGACAAUAUCAAAGAUAUUUUCAAAUAUGAUGAUCUCUUCUAUCCGAAUCGUGGCAAAAGACAAAUGAGGCUGCCGCAACAGCAGCAACAACUACAUAAAACAAUUGGGGACAUUGUUGGUGCUGGCGAAGACAUCAAAGAAGCAAAUCAUCAUCAACAACAGCAACAGUUUUUAAUGAAUGAGGAAAAUGCGGCCAUUGCCGCCAAUCACCACAAUCCUACUCAGCAGCAGCAGCAACUGCCAGCAUUGUCUUGGAAGGCCUUGGAGCAAUUGGAAAAUGUUAUGGCAAAAAUGAGGAGAAAAUUACACCAAAUGCAACAGCAGCAAAAUACUUUUGAUGAAAUGUCUGACAACAACAACAUAGCAACAAAAAGAAUGUCAACCUCACAUCAACCAUUGAUGUUAGCAAUGGGACAAAAACGGCGACGAAACGUUGACAAACGCUUAAAAUCAAUAGCCAAUAUUUUUCAACAACGAAGGCAGCAAUUAUCGGCAAACAGUCACAAAAACCUCAAUGCCAGACGUCAAUGGUUGAAGCGCUAUGCUAUGGCAAACAGUCAUGAUAGGCCAACGGCAAAGAGUGGCAAUGCUGGCACCACCACCGCCACCACCAGCAAUAGUGGUCCAUCACAUCUAGCUGUGGCGGCUAAUAGAUUACAUGCAUUAAGAUCAAUGUCACCUUUACAACAUCACCGACAGCAGCAGCCACAUCAACAGGAUCUUGUCAACCAUGGAUACCUUUCCAGCACCAAAUAUGCCGCACAUAUACCGAAUUUGUUGCCCAUGCAACAACAAACAUCCCCAUUACAGCGACAAUCAUUAGCUGCUCGGCAAUUUGAUCCUUUGUCUUGGCAUAAAUUACAAAUGCUCCAACAUCAAUAUCAUCUACCACUAUUGACAAUGCGACAUUCUCGUUUGACACCAGCAGUAGAGCAGCAGCAGCAGCUACAACAUCCUUUCACCGGGGAACAGCAACAGCGGCAAAACCAAGCCAUGUUGCCAACGCCUCAAGAGACACAAUUAUCAUGGCAAUCAUCGGAUGCAAUGGAUGAUAAUGCCAUGGCUAAUGAUCUUGGAAAUCUCUUUAAAACGGACUAUGAUUAAACUAACGCUGGAGAUGAAGGGAGAGUAAAGAGUAGGGAAGGAAAUACAAUUUGAAUACAUCACCACACCUCAAAGAGCGAGAGAAAUUCACUGUAAUUGUUUGACGGACUUUAAGGACAAAAAACAUAUCGAAACCACAAAACAAACCAUUGGCACUUUAUCUGUUUUUGGGUUUGGCUGUAGGGGUUCUAAAAAAUUUUUUUGCAACAAAUGCAGGGCUGGCUUAUUACGAUUUUAAAUUUUAUAUAUUGUUUUUGAUGGAAUAAAUGUAAAUGUAUGUGUAUAUAAAAAAAUUUAAAAUUUA